AUGGCCGACAUCAGCGACGCCGAGCUCCGCGAAAUCUACGACUUUGCCGUCCAAUUGGGCAAAGAGGCAGGAGAGAUGCUUAUGACGGCAGCCAAGUCAAGAUGGGGAUCCGGAGGAGAGACGCAGGCAUUCACGGAAAAGGAUAACUCGGUCGAUUUGGUGACCAAGACAGACACUGAAGUCGAAGCUUUCAUCCACACAUCCGUCGCAAAGAAGUAUCCCAGCCACAACUUCCUCGGCGAAGAGACAUAUUCGGCUGGCGCAUCGCGUGAUUACCUAGUCGACGAACGGCCGACUUGGAUCGUUGACCCCCUCGAUGGCACCGUUAACUUCACCCACCUUUUCCCAAUGUUCUGCGUCUCGAUCGGUUUCGCUAUCAAGGGGAAGCCCGUCAUUGGCGUCAUCAAUGCCCCCUUUUUGAACCAAACUUUCUCGUCGCUCAAGGGACAUGGUGCAUGGAUGAACGAGACACAGAGGCUGCCGCUCGUUCUGAACCCACUGCCCGCCAAUGCGCCCAGCGGCUGCGUCUUCUCCUGCGAGUGGGGCAAGGACCGUCGAGACAUGCCGGACGGGAACAUGCACCGCAAGGUCGAGAGUUUCAUGAACAUGGCUGCUGAGCGCAAGGGACGAGGCGGCAAGGGUGGCAUGGUACAUGGCAUGAGGAGUUUGGGAAGUGCUACUCUGGAUUUGGCAUAUACAGCAAUGGGGUCGUUCGACAUUUGGUGGGAGGGCGGAUGCUGGGAAUGGGACGUUGCUGCAGGCUUCGCGAUCCUCGAGGAGGCCGGUGGUCUCGUGACUAUAGCAAACCCUCCCGAAGACACGAGCGUAGUCCGGGAAGCCAAGCUGGGCGGAAGGCUGUACCUCGCCAUCCGACCUGCAGGAUCGACCGAGACCGAGACGGCACGACAGGCACAGGAGAGAGUGGUGCGGGAGACGUGGAAGCGAGUGAGAACAUUGGACUAUUCGAGACCCGGCGCGUAG